CAAUGUUCGGGGAGGCACUUUGUUUACAGUAUAAAUAGUAUCGAGAGAGCCAGAACGGAUCAGUUCUAUUGUAGAAUUUGGGUAGUUAGUAAUAUAUGCAAAGCAUACGUCUAGGUUCUACUCGUCUGUGGGGAAUAGCAUGUGGUAGCAGUGGCAGCUAGGAUCAGCAACAUAGGAGUACAAUCAGUCUGAAUCCUUCCGGGAACGUGAUCGUGUGCAUUGAAAGAAGAACUAAAGUAGUGAGGACUUAUCUGGAGCAGCUAUGGCGCGGUUAGCCAUUCUUUUGGCAUUAUGUGCAAUGUGCAGAUUAAAUUGGGCACAAAAUGGCUAUAAUUAUGACAGACCAGAUUCAGGAUUGGGAAUCGCCAGUACCAGUCGUCCUGGUUUCCCUGGGACUAGUCCAGCGGGAUAUCCAACGCCGUCAGGAUUCGGUGGUGUGGCAGGGUCAACUACUCCAUCUUAUCAAUUUGGAAGCACCGGAUACCCUUCUGGUAGACCUUCCGGUCCAGGUUUUGGACAACCUGGAACAGUAGGUCCCACUGGGAGUGCUGGAUAUCCUGCUGCGGGGCAACCUGAUUUUAUCGGAACUGGGUCAUUCCAGGGAACAUCGGUUGGAGGUACUGGUUUCGGAAAUGUAGGCACUGGAUCUGGUUUCACUGGUGACAACGUUGGAUUCCCUUCAAUUGGAUCCCGACCUACUAGUGGAGGUGCUGGUCAACAAAGGCCUACAGGCGGUAUUGGUUCAGUGCAACCUAGCCCAUCUGGACCAGCUGGGGAUUCUGUUGGACGGCCUGGUGGUUCCAGUAAUGAUGGUCAAUAUGAGGGCGGUGACUAUUCUGCUAUUCCUGGCGAGCCUGGUGUAGACUAUCCCAUCUUUUCUGAAAUACCCGAAACUUCGUUUGAUUGUAAGCAACAACCUUAUCCAGGAUAUUAUGCUGAUGUCGAAGCUCAAUGUCAAGUGUUCCACAUAUGCGCCUUGAACCGUACAUUUGAUUUCCUUUGUCCAAAUGGUACGAUAUUCAGUCAGGAACACUUCGUAUGCGUUUGGUGGAAUCAGUUCGACUGUGCCAGUGCACCAGGAUUGUUUGAGAAAAACGCAAAUCUGUACGACACUCCACAAGGUAGCCGUUUGCCAUCAGAUGGUUAUCCAGGAGGUCAACCAGGAACCGCCCCAGGUGUUGGAAGCCCAACUGGUCCCACUGCAGGUGGAGCACCAUAUCCUGGAAGAACCCAGGGAGGUCGUCCUUCAGGUGGUCAAAUCGGUGGACUGCCAGGGGCUUCUCCCAUUGGAAUUCCUGGUGGAUCUCCUGUGGGACCACCAACUGGUGCGUCUCUUGGACCACAAGGAACUGCGCCAGGAUAUCCGACUGGUCCGGCUGGUGGAUAUCCUAGCGCUCGCCCAACAGGUGGGUUCCAACAAGGCGGUCAAAUUCCAUCCAAUGUGCCAACAGGCUAUCCGGCGGCCGGUGUCCCAACAGGCCCUGCUUUCCCUAGCGGACCAAGUCAACAGGGCUAUCCAGCGCCUGGACAACCAGAAGGUCAAUUUUCGCCUUCACCGCAACUCCCAACACGAGAAUACCUUCCUCCAAGGCAGGGCUGAAGCUGAACAAUAUAUUGUAGAAUGAACAGGUACGGGCAAUUUAUUUAUAUUAGUAUAAUCAUUCAUACCUAUGUACGGAGUAGCUUGCAGAAGCUGUUAACAAUUGUUUAUCUCAAGCAUUUUAGCAAAUACUCAUGUGCUAUUCAAAACUAUCAACUUAAACUGUUACCAUUCCUAAGCGAUCCGAUGGUUCUCAAUCAAGUUUCUGCAUUGUUUAUAACGGGAUGAGACCUAUUAGUACAUAUUGUGAGUAGUAUGAUACGACAGGUGCAUUAGGUAGCUUAUUGUUAAUUUUUAAUUACAUUUUUACUUGAAAGCCAUUGUGAAUACUCACCCGCAAUCGAUAUUGCAAUAAAAACAAAGCAUGACAAAAUCGAAA